GAUCACAUUUGUUAUGUCAAUAACUCCUUCCAGUGAUUUGCCAGAGUUUUAAUGUAUAUUCAUGAUUCGUUUUGAUCAAUAUUAGAAAUCUCGUUCGCUAUCUUACAAUCUCUACGAUUUCGCGCCCGGGAACAAGCUUGGAAUCGCGUGAACUCUACAUGAUUUCGAAAUCCCGAAACCACUUGCUAUGGAUCCAACUUUGAGAGAAGUACAGGCUCAUUCCGAGUCCGAAGGUGGGAUCAUUUCAUUAACGGAAAAGAAGAGGAAACGAACCCGAGAAAGCAUCCAUUCCGAGAUCGCUGAAAAUGAAGGGUGUAGCGGUAACGGGAGCGGCGUCGAAGAGAAGAACAUUGAAGUCAAAAAGUCCAAAACGAUAAUUCCAGGGCUUGCUUCUGUGGGAUCAUCCCCCCCACCACCAUCUACAAUUAAACCUAGGCGUGUUGCAAAAGCCUGCGUUGCAUGCAGCAAGGGAAGGCGUAAAUGUGUCGAUCCCAAAGGGCCAGAUGGCUGUAAAGGGUGCCGAAGUAGAGGAAUUCAAUGUCAAAUCCCGACAGAUUCGAUGCUAGCUAGGCCGAGCGCCGAAACCACUGCGUCUGGUGAUGAUUCAACACUACUGGCAGUAGAUACCACAAUGGAGCCCCCCCGAGAUCCCUUAACGAACGCGAAGAUGUACAACUAUCUCAAAAACGUGGAAUUAAAGGAGCAUUUGGUCCUUAAAGGGUUUGAUGGUGAUAUGCUUCCAUCUGGGAAAAGAUUAACAAGACAAAUCCUAUUGAACGAACUUUAUAAGUUUGAUGAGAAGGAGGGGUUACCAAAAUACCCACAUACGUCGUGGACGUCCUUGAAGCCAGCGACGAGCGCUCCAGGGGACGCCAAAGCAUUGGCAAUUCAACCAUGGGAGAAAACUCACGAUUUACAAUUACAAGAUUCAGAAACUCAUUUCACGAUGCAAAGUCUCUCAGAACCUCGACACAGGAAUCUCGUCUGUACACAAUGCAAGGUAAACUUUACAAUUAACAAAAGUUGUGACAGCGUCCCAUGCAGCCGAUGCAAAGACCUUGGUCUCGAGUGUACUUACCCCAAACAUGUCUACCAAUACUGGCAAACACAUUUUAGAGCCGCCAAAGACAUAGAUUUCACGAGAAUCAACGACUGGGAUGGAGUUCAUGGCGAUGGCGUCUCAAUUGGGGUGGAUGUAAAACCCGAGAAUGUUGUACAGCCUUCAACACAAGCGGUCCAUUACCUGGUCAUAACAGUCGCUCGAUUAUCAAGUGGUGACAAUUCAGCUAUCAUGGCCUUACUACGAAAAGGACCCCGAGUGGGCCUAAUGUGGCGGGGCCUACUUCGGGUCGGGAACCGUGGAGUACGGUACUCAGAGCCAGCCGGUAUUGCGAGGUUUGGCUAUAUAGCAUUUUGUCGUCAGGGUACAAUAUCCGUUCCAAUCACUCAUGGGUAUAUGAGUGAAAGUGCAUCUGGACUGGCACUACUACGGGCAUGGGUUAAUGUGUUUAAUGAAAUCAUGGUAGAAGGAAACACCAAUCUCCCAACAGAGAUACAUGUUGUUCUAUUUGGAUUUGCAGGAUUCGGUGUGAAUAUCGGUGCCUGGAGGGAAUUCUUGGAUUGUGUCGAGGCUUGGGAUGCGAAAGAGAAAACAGCCGGUAGAACACAUGUUCCAAAGCUUGCGGACAGGAUAUUUUUGGUUCCAAGUGUGGAGCCAGAGGUAGUGGACGGAACCGCAACGUAUUCGUUAGUUCCAGGAAAAGAUCUAUGUGUUGAUGCAGAAGCGUUUGAAGGAUUUGCCGACAAAUGCUGGGGAAAGUUUAGAUUGACAUCAUUGCACCGGAGAGCAGUGUUUCACUCAUUUAAUAAGGCGAACGUUAAUGCUGAGUUACCCGAGCUCUCAUACCAGGUUAUUGACCCAAUCUGGGACGAUGUGGAGAAGAACGAUAUAUUCUUAGAAGCUCUUGAUCAGGAAUAUCGACAUAGAUCCGCUGCAUUGUCCUCGGCCACCAUACCCACCCAUAAAAAUGUACAAAAUCGAAAUUUGACGAGAAACAGGUUUUGAUAUCUGAUGGUUCGUUCGAAUCUGAUCACGGUUCUUAUAUACACAAGUUCCAAAAGUGGUUUCACAUGGCAAUUAAGUUGAGAUGAAUACACGAUGAAGGGAUUAGCCUUGCUAUAUGCAUAUAGCUAGAUGGGAAAAUUGAACAUUAAAAGACUUUGAAAUUGCUUCUCACAAGACAGAUUAGCUAGAUCCUCAUCGAACUGUCCAAUCACAGGGUCGUGCCA